GCAACCAUGGGACUAGUCCCUUCGGAUCUGACCAGCUUGGAGCAACGCACCUCGGGGUUCUACGAGCACAGGCGAAGUUCUGUGGUGCUGAACUUACCUGGACUUGAGGUGUUCCCUGGGGACCUUCUGGUGUCAGAUGGAGCUGCGGAUUACCUGUGCCACCCACUUCUGCUGCUGAAUUCAGAAUCCAAAAAGCCAAGAUGGCCUUUCUCCAAGAGAGGAGUGGGCAAAGACAAACACAAGCACGUAUCCGAUCUGGAAAACUGCCUCUCCUCUGUGAAGAUUACCAACUUCAGGGGCUAUGAGUUCUACAGCUUUAAGGACAAGACCUGGAAUGAAGUCAUGGAAACACAUCAAAAACUUCCUACUGAUCAAUUAGACUUGAGAAAGCAGCAAGAGGCAGUGUGGGAACUUUUCACGAGUGAAUGCACUUAUUUCUUGGACCAUUUAUUAGUUCUUAAGAUGAUUUUUAUGAAUACACUUAAAUAUCUUCAAACUCGUGAAUUUCUCCUGGAUGUGGAUUUAUGGAGACUCUUUUCAAACCUGGAGGAGUUAGCUCAGACAAGCCUUGGUUUUGUGAACAGUCUUUUUAGCCUCAUCAAGGACUAUGUAGAUGCUUCUGAGACUUCACCAUCGAUGGAUUUCAUCUCCGUGCUCACAAAGUAUUUCCAAGGGAACCUCUGUCACAGCCACCAGACCUACUGCCUGAACUACUCAGCUGCUGUCUUUUAUCUUGACAGCCUGAGGCAGAGAGACGACUUUGGGAUUUAUUUAAAAUGGUGUGAGCAGAACGAGCAGUGCAGACGUCUGCACCUGCCAGAGUUGCUGGUGGCUCCACUACACAGGCUUACUCGAUACCCACUGUUGCUGAAGAAUAUCUGGAAAAGGAGUAUAGACACUGCUGAGAAAAUCAUGAUCUACUCCAUCAAGGAAAAGGUGGAAAAGUCAAUCCGAGACCUUGAAGGAAAAGUGAAGUGGCUGGACAAUUUCCAAAAAUUUAGACAUCUACAGGAGAUUAUAGUGUGGCCUCCGCUUUGGGAUAGAGAUAAAAGGUUUUUCAUUCCAGAGUGUUUGAAACACAUUUUUAAAGAACACAUGGCAGAAAACGUCUUGUCACCAACCAACAGACACCUUCUCUAUGAAGGCAAAUUAACUCUUGCAGAAAGCACAAGAUUCCUAGACGUUUAUCUGUUUCUCUUUGAUGAUUUCCUCUUAGUUACCAAAAUGAAGCGCAACAAAAAGAAAGUUGGAGGCUCAGACACUGGUUUAAUGUGUCCUUCUCUUACUCCUGAGCUGCAAACAGUAAUAAAGGAGGGCGGUUCGUGUACAGUACUUGACCAGCCUAUUCCACUGGAUAGACUGGUAGUCAAAAGUAUCGAUCCACUCCACGUGUCAGUCUUUGGGCUGAGAAAUGCUUUUCUUAUACAACACGAAAACAGAUAUCGACAGUGUAUAGCAGCAUUCUUAUUACAAGCCCAAACGGAAAACAUCAAAAAAACAUGGAUGGUACACAUAACAGCAGCAAUCUCUUGCUUUACCAAGAAUCAGGAAACCAAGAAAGUAUCUUUAUUCACAUUGCCUGCAGAAUCCUCUGAAAUUUAGGGACUAAAACAAGUGGCAUAUGUUUUUAGAGAUUAGGACUUAAGGUAUUAUUUCAUUCAAACUUUUGUAACACUUAUCUAGUGAUGAGCUAGAAGGAAAAGUGCGUUUUAAAGGAGUUCCGGAAUUUGAGAAUUUGAGCUAGGAAAAUCCUCAGUAUAGAGGAAUAAUGACUGCAACAAAUUUGAACUCUGAGGAAUUUCUCGACAAAUAUAUACGAUAUUCAGACUACCUUCUAAUACUGCGGUCAGGUUUGUAAGAGGUGCGAGUGAAGAAUGGUGCUAUUAUAAUUUGUAAAGGGUGAAUGAUCAGAUGCAUGGAGUAUCAGAAGGAAAACGUUCACUGCUUGUGUCCAACAGGAACACCAGCAUCUUACUUUGUGUGUAUCUAUAAAAUAAUGAAACCAAUUUUCCUGCAUGGCUUGUACAUCAGUCUUACUGCUUUAUAGUCCUACCUCAAACACCAUGAUAAUUCUUUUGAUACAAAGUUUGAUUACUCUUUUAAUGUUAUGCAAUAAAUAAGGUCUACAUUUUAAUAGCACCUUUAAAAUUUCUGUUUUACCACAGUUUAUUUAUCUCAGGUGUACUUUAUAAUACUCUAAUUUGCAAGUAGAAAACCUCAAAGACUAAAUUCCAUUAUCUUAUUUCAAGAUAGAAAAAACUAGUAUCUGUUCUGUUUUCACCAGUUAACACUUUUACAUGGGAAAUUGUCAUGAAUACGAAUAGCAAGAUAUCUUUCUCUUAACUUUGUUUUUUGCAGAAUGAUGGUGUUUUGUCAUAAAAAUACUUUCUGGUUUUGAUUGGUAGGUCUGUGUCUGUGUGUGUGUUUUAGCACAGUACAGUAACUUAAUUUUAUUUGGCAGGAUUUAAAACUUCAUUAGAAUUUUUAUCAAGAAAGGCAGUUUGAAUUAUUAUAUACACUAUUAAUUGCAUUUAAGCAACUAGUUCUUAGGGUCAGAUUAUUAUAUCAAAUGAAGUCCACAAACUUCAACUUCAGGCAUGAUACCUUUUGAAAUUUCCAAAGCAGAAGCAGUAAAUUUUUCAAGUUUGCCUGCAAGACAACUGAGACCUUAACUAAUUUCUUUAAGCUGAAGCAUGGGAUAGAGAGAGAAUGAUGUUUUCUGGGGAAGUCAUGUGCACAGUAAUUCUUUGAGGAAGGAGCAUAUUUCCCCAUGCAAACAAGGCAGUACAGCAAGUGCAGCAGAAAGACUCUUGUGCAAGGGCCCAGCACUCUUAGAAUGGAGAGUAAUAGUCUCUUCGUAGUAAUGUCAGACAUUUAUUAGAAAUAAAGAGAAAAUAAAAGGAAAAUCCGGAAAGCAAUAACUAUUGUUAAUAGCUAAGAAUAAGUGAGGAGGAAAAAAAUCAAAGAGAAAAACAGACUUCAAGUGAGUUCCUACACAUGGUAUCUGGAUGGGACUGAAAGCAAUUAUGUCCAGGAGAAGACAACAUAGAUUUAUGCAAGAGAAGAUAUAUAAAGAAAUUUCUGGCUAAAAAAAUAUUUUUUAAAAAAUUAACAAUCACCUUCCAGAGAUUUUUAGAUAUAAAUCAACCUUGGAGGUGAGCAAUGGACUAGGACUAGGUGACCUCUCAAGAUCCCUUUAGUCCUGUGAGUCCAGCAACCACAUAUUUAUAGGUAUAAAGGACUAGUUUUCUCCCUCUGAAUAUCCUUAAAGGGAGAAAAAGAUUGACUAAAUUAACACAAGGUAUGUAAAACAGCUCAAGAAUAUGUUAUACAUAAACUAGAGUUCUAUAAUGCUCAAAAAAUAACAUAUCUAAUAUACAAUAUAUUAAGUGCUUGAGGAUAUGCACAUUAAACUCUUCAGAGGGAAGCACAUUAGAAUGAAAUGGGGGAAAAAAACCAUUCUGGAACC